GUCACAGUAUUUACACUUCCAGGCAAAAUCAAAUGGACCUAAGACUGGCUUGCUAAUCAUUCUCUAUGCAUUUCAAAUUGGCAUACGACGAAGUAGAUUAGAACGAGACGAAAUGCCACACUCUACCUUUAAGAAGCUCGUUGAUUUGGGAGGGACUGCGUGAAGGUGGUGCUGAGGACAGCUCCCGUCACCUCCGCCGCGCCACAACCGAAGUGAGCCCGGGGUGCGCGCACGGCGACAGCGGGACAGCGACCCGAACCUCAGUGUUUGUUUGGCCAUGGCCUCACCCCCCUCAUAACUGAGCAUUAUGGAUUAGUGCAGGGAAGGCGACUGUAAAUCCCUGCUAUUGUGCGCUGGUCUGGAUUUAAACGCUGGACAGAGAUAAAUUGCCAGCGGAGGAUAGCAGCCGCUCCGGGACAAUGGACACGAACAUGCGCAAAUUUACGGUGAGAAGAUGGUUUUCCAUGUACCUGCGCAGGAAGUCGCGGUCCAAAAGCUCGAGUUUAUGCAAACUGGAGGAUGACAGCAUCUUAAAGGAGUUUGAUAUCAGCCAUCAUGUGAAAGAAGGUUUUGAGAAAGCAGAUCCGUCACAGUUUGAGCUGCUGAAGGUGCUGGGUCAGGGCUCUUAUGGAAAGGUGUUCUUGGUGAGGAAAAUCAAAGGUUCAGACACAGGACAACUCUAUGCCAUGAAGGUGUUAAAAAAAGCAACACUAAAAGUGCGGGACAGAGUGAGAUCCAAGAUGGAGAGAGACAUUCUCGCUGAAGUGAAUCAUCCUUUCAUUGUCAAACUCCACUAUGCCUUUCAGACAGAAGGGAAGCUGUACCUUAUAUUGGACUUUCUCAGAGGGGGAGAUCUUUUCACACGUCUCUCCAAAGAGGUGAUGUUCACUGAGGAGGAUGUGAAGUUCUAUUUGGCUGAGCUGGCCUUGGCUUUGGAUCAUCUUCAUAGUCUUGGCAUCAUCUACCGUGAUCUCAAACCUGAGAACAUUCUCCUUGAUGAGGAAGGCCAUAUAAAAGUCACAGAUUUUGGCCUGAGCAAAGAGGCGAUAGACAACGACAAGCGAGCGUACUCAUUCUGCGGGACCAUCGAGUACAUGGCCCCAGAGGUGGUCAAUAGAAGAGGUCACACUCAAAGCGCUGACUGGUGGUCUUUUGGAGUCCUAAUGUUUGAGAUGCUUACUGGAUCCCUACCAUUUCAAGGCAAAGAUCGCAAAGAGACCAUGGCACUUAUUCUCAAGGCAAAACUUGGCAUGCCUCAGUUCUUAAGCCCAGAAGUCCAGAGUUUGUUGCGGGCUCUCUUUAAAAGAAACCCUUCCAAUAGAUUGGGUGCAGGACCUGAUGGAGUGGAAGAAAUCAAACGACAUAAUUUCUUUGCAACAAUAGACUGGAAUAAGCUGUACAGACGAGAAAUCAAGCCUCCAUUUAAACCAGCAGUGGGCCGACCAGAGGACACCUUCCAUUUUGAUCGGGAGUUCACAUCUCGCACACCAACAGACUCGCCCGGCGUUCCUCCCAGCGCAAACGCUCACCAGCUCUUCCGUGGCUUCAGCUUUGUGGCCUCUAACCUGGAUCAGGAACAGCCUCUGACCGAGACCAAACCAAAUUCGGUUAAUCCUAUUGUACAGCAGCUUCAUGGCAACAACAUUCAUUUCACUGAUGGUUAUGAGUUAAAGGAAGACAUCGGUAUAGGAGCGUAUUCAGUCUGCAAGCGUUGUGUCCACAGAAUCACCAGUGUGGAGUACGCUGUUAAAAUUAUCGACAGAGCUAAAAAGGACCCGUCUGAAGAGAUUGAGAUUCUGCUGCGAUACGGCCAGCACCCAAACAUCAUUACUCUAAAAGAUGUGUAUGAUGACGGGAAGUUUGUGUAUCUGGUGAUGGAGCUGAUGAGAGGAGGAGAGCUGCUGGACCGGAUCCUGAGACAGAAGUGCUUCUCAGAACGAGAGGCUUCCGCUGUGCUCUGUACCAUCACCAAAACUGUGGAGUAUCUGCAUUCACAGGGGGUCGUGCAUCGUGACCUAAAGCCCAGUAACAUCUUGUAUGUCGAUGAGACGGGCGACCCAGAAUCAAUCAGAAUCUGUGAUUUUGGUUUUGCCAAACAGUUACGGGCAGAAAACGGGCUUCUCAUGACGCCCUGCUACACUGCUAACUUUGUGGCACCAGAGGUCUUGAAGAAACAGGGUUAUGACGCUGCCUGUGACAUCUGGAGUCUAGGAAUCUUACUGUACACCAUGCUGGCAGGAUUCACGCCCUUCGCCAACGGCCCUGACGACACACCGGAGGAGAUCUUGGCACGCAUUGGCAGUGGGAAAUUUGCCUUGUCAGGAGGCAACUGGGACACAGUGUCGGAUGCAGCCAAAGAUAUUGUCACUAAAAUGCUCCAUGUGGACCCUCACCAGCGGCUGACAGCUCCUCUGGUUCUCAGACAUCCGUGGGUUGUGAAUGGAGAUCAGUUAUCUCAGAGUCAGCUGAUCAGACAGGACGCUCAGCUGGUGAAGGGGGCGAUGGCUGCCACAUACUCUGCUUUGAAUCGAUCACCACAGGCCCCAAAACUGGAGCCAGUCCUCUCCUCCGGUCUGGCUCAGAGAAGAGGCAUGAAGAGACUUACCUCCACUCGUCUAUAGCACCGAGUCCAGACACAGGAGCGGCUGUACCUUUCAGACAUUUGAGUCAAAGUGUCCAGGACACCAGAGAACCAGCAGAGCAUCUGGAGUGUCAGACCGAUCGGCAAAGGAUCUGCAGUGUCUGGGCUGAUGUCAGGAGAUCCAGGUGCACAGCUGUCAUGGCUUGUGGCUGUUUCUUGUAUUCUAAUAAAGUGGUUUUCAUUAUUAACAGUGGAUCAGAGGUAAUUGACCCUUCGCAAGCAGUUUGAUUGACAGGCGAUCUGACCAAUCAUAACGCUGAUAUUAUGUGCCCCCCCCAGUGACUGACCGCCAUUUUGUCCGACAAACAAACCAGUCCGACAAACCUGCCUUAGUAGAGCUUUGGUGAUUAAUAGGAAAAAAUGCUUUUUAAUUAUUGUAAUAGUAAACAGGGAGAUAUAUAGGCUAAACAGCUUUAAUGGACGUUCACACUAUAACGAUAAACGAUGACUAAUUUAUAACUUUUAAAAAUCAUUCUAAAUGAAGGAGUAUAGCCGAGUUCACAUCACAACUAUACGAAGUACGAGACACAAUAUUGUUGGAAUCAUUAAUUUACGAAUUACAGACGGAAGCUUUCGGGAAGUGGUGUUUUAAGGGGAAUAUAAUACUCAUUGAUAUAUUACUUUCAUAUUACUUGUAUGAGCAAGCUGGCAAGAUAUGCUUUACGUGCCUGUGAUGUGAUGAGCACACCUUCAGCCUUCAGAGAGCCGCAUUUGCAGUGACAUUUUAAAGGAAAGACGUUUUCAGCAAUGAAGUCAUAAAGCAACAGCUGUACUGUGUUUGUUGUAUUUAACACAAAUAAAGAUUAAGACACUGAUGGACUGUUAUUCUUUUCUGUACUGAACUAAUAACCCAUUGACAUCCAUUAAAAAAACUAGCAUCCGGUCUCCUUUCCUGCGUUCCGCUGAAGCCAGGGCGUUAGCAUUAGCUGUUACGCUUUUUUGCCUAAUGGUUGCAGGCUUUCCUUUUUAAAAGGGCUUUGGUAUAAUUAUUGUUACAGUUAUCUCAAAUCCUGAAUGUAUCCCUCGAAUGCAUAUUGCAGACCUUUCUGUCUGAAAUCAGCGUAUCAUUUUUCCUGAAAUUCUAUUUCCCCAGGGAGUGCACACAUUUACACUAGGAGAGCAUGGCAUACUGUAUACCGAAAGCUUGUCUGACAGCAACAGGAACGAAGGGGGGCGGGGUUUUGCGAAGGGUCAGUUUGAGCCAUGUAGACGUUGGGGUUGCACUGACUGGAUUACUAGUCGAUUAGUUGAUAAUUCAAUAAAUAUACAAGAUGUACUUUGACUAUUCGACUUGUAAAAAGGAAUACUUGUGAAAACCUUAAACGUCAGCAGCUCAAAUCUUUUUUAGAUGUUCAUGGUGACAGCUCUGCGCCUUUAUGCCGGCAUCAUUAGCAUUUUUUGAACAUGCAUGCCAUUUUUCUCUGUGCUAAUAAAAGCACAAAUAACAUCUAGAGCCUUUCUAUUGCUUUUUCUUUAUUGGUACUGUUUGAUUUUUCUUUGGCCAUGUAAUGGGUACAGGUGAUUAUUUGAGGAAUAUUUUUUUGUUUUUUACAAAAACAGGUGUUUCAGGUGUAAAGUUAGUUUUUUAUUUCCUGUAUUUGGACUGAACUGCUUGAUUUAUUAAUUUAUUUUUUAUUUCUUUGUUGAUAUGCCUGUUUAUCUGCGUUUCUAUUUAUUCAUAUACAGUACGUAUUUGUUUAUAUUAAAUAUAUCUGUUAUGUUUAUUUAACUAAUUGUUGUUUUGAAGUGACCUUUAUCCAUAAAUACAAAAGCUAAAGAAGUGCCACACCUUUGCACUAGACUUGAUAAAUAAGAUGAAGACUUAUAAAAACAAAUAUGUGCAUGUAUUUUUACUUUCCUGGACAUAGAAAUAAUUUGUACAGUACAUAGAAUUUAAAAGUUUAGCGAGCAUACACAUUGGCUGUUUGUGUAUAGUCCCUAGAUCUGGAAAACACAACUUAAUUUAGGAAACUUGAAUAAUUCUCCUCACAUAAUAGGCAACUGACCAUGAAACAUAAUAAUGGAUAUUUAGAUUAAUUAUAUUUGCAUGCCAUAGACAUUUAUAGCAGUCUCUAAAAAAGAGUUUCAUGAAUGCAGGACAAAUGAAAAGAAUCUUUAUUUUGAUAAAGUGGCGCUCAGAAACAGUCCGUUAUUUUUGUAUGAAUAUGAAUAUGAAACCCUGAUGACUUUCAGCCAACCAAUGUGUUGCUGGUGUGGCUUUUUUGUGGAAAUGAAUUGAGUUUUUGCUGCUGAUUUUUACAGAAAUCAUACAUGUUUUAGAGGAACAUGUUUAUGUCAUAACAAUUCAUCAUGUGUAAAGUUUUGGCAGUCAUACCCAACUGCAGUGUUAAUGGGAUCAAUCCUUCGUUUUUGCUAUAUGUUGGCUUGCAUACCAAAUGUUUGUAAAUAAACAGUACUGGUUAAAAAACGAUUUUCAUUUGAUGUGAUUAAAUGUGAUUAAAUCAAUAUUUUGGGGUAGUUUGAGGGGUUUAUUCCA